AGAACAUGCAGCCGGAAGAUCUCAUGGCCGCGAUACCCUCCUGGUUUAUCGAUAAGAAGAAUGGCUGCUUCAUCCUGAAGCUGUUCGCCACGUGGAACGUAUACGACGAUCCUGACGUUGGAUCGCGCAGCGAGUUCCUCGCGACAAACUUUACGCUACCAGAAACACUCUGCAAGAUGUCGACUGCGACUGUUUGUGCUGACUUGUCUCCUAUGGCCAAGAAAGAGGACGACGGCAAAUCUGAUCAUGGGCUUGAGGAUGGCAAUGUUGUCUUGCAGGAUGUUGAAGUCAGCGAUCAUACCGAUGAAGAUGAAGAUGAUGGGGUGGUCUGGCUGGAUGAUGAGGACAGCGAAGGAGACGUCGAGUGACGGCCUUCCUUUUCCGCGUCGCCACAACAAUCGUUCAUAAGGCCUUCGCACCACCUACGACACUGGAACUACUGCACAUGUCUACCCCGGCUCCCAUGCUCUUCACAAUCACUCCAGCAGCGCAUAGGAUCAUCUUCCCC